AAUGCGAGACGCAGCAAUAAUGGCAUUCGGAAGCAUUCUCGAAGGCCCCAAUACCGAUGCUCUCAAGCCCUUCGUUGAAUCGGCCAUGCCAUUCAUAAUUGAAUUAUUGAGAGAUCCUGUAUCGGCGGUUCGAGAUUCGGCAGCGUGGACCAUCGGCCGGGUCUGUGAUCUUCUACCUGAAGUAGCACUAGCUGAGGUUUAUCUCGUACCACUUCUUACUGGACUAUUUGAGGGUCUGACUGCUGAGCCUCGUGUUGCUGCUAAUGUUUGCUGGGCGUUUAAAAGCCUUGCAGAUGGCGCUUACGAUGUAGCUGUGAACGAACAUGUUGAUACUUCGAAUGAUGGCGAUGACGAGCCCUCAACUUAUGCCCUCUCUCGAUAUUUCGACACUAUUUCUCUUCAACUCCUUGAAGCAUCGAACAGAGCAGACGGAGCUCAGCACAGUCUCCGCAAUGCAGCAUAUUCAGCCCUAAUGGCCUUAAUCAGGUCCGCUGCCCGUGAUUGCUACAGCCAUGUUCAAGGGGUUACUCUUAUUGUUCUUGAACGUCUCGAAACAAUAUUGGGUUAUGAAUGUCAUAUAAUUAACACAAUGGAUCGUGCGCAAUUUAAUGACCUCCAAUCACUCCUUUGUGCUACUCUACAAUCGGUUUUAAAGAAAAUUAAUAAGGAAGAUGCCCCAAGCAUAUCAAAUAAGGUCAUGUCUGCUCUCAUGUCAAUGUUUCAUUCUGUUGUUGGCGUACAAGAUAAUGCAAAAUCACCUCUUUGCAAAACGGAUGGUGUUGUAGAGGACGCACUUCUGGCUGUUUCGGCUCUUAUUGACGUUAUUGGAGAAUUAUUUCUUAAGUAUUUAGAUGCUUUUAUGCCCGUUCUUGUAGCAUGUCUUCGCCUGUGCGAAGAGACUCAAGUGUGUCUAAAUGCCGUUGGUUUACUUGGGGAUAUGUGUAGAACUCUCGGCAGAAACAUGUUUCCUCAAUCUGAGGGUCUCUUUAAUAUUCUAAUGGAGACUUUACAGAAUGCUUCAGCGGACAAGUCUAUUCGACCUGCAAUCUUAUCCACAUUCGGGGACUUGGCGCUCGCACUUGGUCCCGAUAUUCGACCUUUCCUCUUCCUCAUUCUUGACACUCUGAAGCAGGCGACUCAAGCCGAAGUUAAUUUAGCUGAUCCAGAUAUGAUAGAAUAUUUAAACAGUCUCCGUUUAAGUUGUCUUGAGGCUUAUACAGGCAUUGUCCAAUGCCUCAAAUAUUCUGGAAACGGUUACGCUGAAACAACUAAGGCACUCUUUUUCAUAAUAAAUGACCACCAUUGA